ACCUUUGUCUGCGCGGCAGACCCAGCCUGGUUUGGAGCCGGAGCUGGUGGCACCGGCGCUGUCCUGCCCGGCCCCGCCGCGGAACGGCCGCGCCGCCCGCCCGGACCGCUGAAGCUGCUGCACCGCGGCGGCGGAAAAAGAGUCGCUCGCCAUGCCAAAGUUACGAAAAACCCAAGGAGGGAAGCAAGAGAAGAAAGUUAUCCAUCCAUACAGCAGAAAAGCUGCACAGCUUGCAAGGGAAGUACACAAACAGGAAAAGAAAGAAAAGUUGAAGACUGACAAAGCUUUACGUUUAAGUAUCAUUGGAGAAAAACUGCAAUGGUUUCAAAGUCACCUUGACCCUGACAAAAUCGAGUACACAAAGAAGGAAGCUGGUGAACUAAUUGAAAAUUAUAUGUGUCGAUUCAAUGCUGAAUUGGAGCAGAUUGAAUUACAAAACAGUAUUAAAGGUAGACAAGGAAGACAGCAUGGUUCACGGGAAACUGUCAUCAAGCAGACAAUAGAACGUGAAAGACAACUCUAUGAGGGCUAUGGAAUAGAAAUUCCAGACAUCAUGAACAGAAAGCAUCUCAAAUUUUUCAGAGAAUGGGAUGGUGAUCUGAGGAAACUGCCAAACAUCAAAAUGAAAAAGCUCUCAGCUAGGGAUGCUGCUUGCAGUCACCCUGAGGUGGCAGAUGCGGAAGCAAAAGAAGACUUGAAUAAAGGAGAAGAAGUGCCCCUAAUGAUUAAAGGAGAAGAGGUGGCCCUAAUGAGCACCAGCUGAUUGGAGAGCUGAAACAGUGAAGGGAAUUAUAAGAAACCUCUUUUAAUUAUCACUAGAAACAAAAAUAAAAUUUAACUAUAUUUUUAAAGUCUUUGCUAGUUGCUUUUUUUAUCAUCUCACUGUGUACCUAUGGUAAAGAGUAAACAGUAAAGAGUAAACAGUGUAUUACUGGGUAAAGCUGUAUAUUAUUGGUUAAAAUUUUUGAAUAUAAAUAAAUACUUAAAAUCUUAAA